AUUUGUUGAUUCACAGCGAAUCGAUUUACAUAACGAAUCAUGUAAAAGGAACCGGUUUGAUUUCGAUUCGCACUCUUCUCGUCGCGACCGGAAGUUCUUCCUUCUCCAGUGACCCGAGUCAAUAUUAAAAGCACGUAAUACGAUGGCUACUCGACUGCUUGUGAGGAGAAUCUGGUCUGUCUGUGUGAAAGACUCCCGUCGUCUCCCUGCCGCCUCGCUCUCUCGUUCCUCCUCCUCGUCCUCGUCACUCUCCUCCUUCUUGAGAACCGCUGUCCACAAGCAGUACUUCCUGUGUCCUCGUUCUCUCCCUCUGUCCUCACACAGGUGCGUCUCCUUCAACGUGCAGGACAACGACGACUUCACCGAGAGAGUCAUCAACAGCGACCUGCCCGUGCUGGUGGACUUCCACGCUCAAUGGUGCGGUCCCUGUAAGAUCCUGGGCCCCAGGCUGGAGAAGGCCAUUGCUAAGCAGAAGGGUCGAGUUGCCAUGGCCAAAGUGGACAUUGAUGAACACACAGACCUCGCUAUAGAAUACGGGGUGUCUGCGGUUCCCACGGUGAUCGCCAUGCGCGGCGGCGACAUCAUCGACAAGUUCGUAGGGAUUAAAGAUGAACAGCAGCUGGAUUCGUUUGUCAACAAGCUUAUUGGACAAUGAACCUGUCAAUCAGUGCCUCGAGCCCAACCCUCUAUGAACUUUAGUUUACAGCUCUGUAAAUGUCACAUUCAUUUAUACUCUCUCUCUCUCUCUCUCUCUCUCUCACUCUCACACACACACACACACACACACACACACACACACACACCAGGUUAAUCCACGAUUUGCCUGGUAGUCAUCACUGUGUAUCCAUUAGAUGCUUUUGUAUAUGAAUGUCUGCGUGUUCUUUCACUCUUCACCAACCCUUGCUGCUGACCUUCACAACUUCCGUGGAAUUCUGUUAAAGGGAAAGGAAAUGAAAUUUUUAACGCCUGAUACUAUCACAGUUCUCGCCGUAGUUCCUGCUGUCGUCCACUAGAAGGCGACCUUCAUCUUUAAUCCGAGACCACGUGAUGAUCUGUUUGUCUCACACUUAUCACAGAGGUCAAGUACAUCUAAUCCAGACUAAUGUCGUAAAAUACAAAGACAAUAUUAGAAUACUGACCCCAGAUCAGUAUUCUCACACUGAGAGGGGUAAAAUAAUAAUAAUCAUAAUAAUAAUAACAAAUACGAUCCUCUACACGUGUGAGAAAACGUGUCCAGAUUGUGUUUCAGGUUUGACUGUGAAAUUGGAGUUGUACAAUAAUAGUGCUGAUUUUCAUCUGUUUAAUAUGACCGGCUGAAAAGGAUUUCGAAAUAAAGCUGAUGUAUGAUGUUCUA